AUGUCACCGCCUACCUCGCUCGACCUCCCAACUCUCAAGCAUAUCAGAAACAGCAUUAUAGGAUCACCCAGUACAAAGAUUACUAUCCUGCAUGAUAUCGCCUUUCUUCCCUCUCUUCUCCCUCUUCUUACCCAUCCACUGCUCAAGAGAGAAGCAGUCACAAUCCUUGCCAGUCUAUGUAAGGAACAAGACUGCCUUCCAUCACUGAUCAAUGCAGGCGUCUCUACCCCCUUACUAUCAGCGUUGAGAGGGUCGGGGGAUGCAGCGCUGGCGAGAGCACUGACAGAGCUGGUGGCUCGGGCUUGCGAGGCGGUUUACGGUGCCCGUGCAGGGCUGGGAAGGGAGAGUUACGAGGGAAGAGAGGAUGCGUUCCUUGCUCUAGAGGAGGUGUUAGACCUCGAUGGUCUAGACGCGUUUCUUCCCCUGCUCGCUCCCACUUCACCCACCAUAUCCGCAUCUUCAUCCACCGGCACUCCAGGGCUAGCAGGAGCAACAGCAGUAGCGAACCUCAUCUCCCACCUUCGCCCUGCCCACGUCCCACGCAUCCUCGACUGGCUCCCUCCUUCCGACCGCGCUAGUGCCGCGAAGGGAAAACGCGGGUGGGAGAAGAAAGAAGAGGGCGGGUGGGUGCUUGUGCGUUUAUGCGGGUUGGUCAAGAUGGGUGACGAAAAGGCACAAAUCGCAGCUCUUAAUGCUCUUUCCACGCUUCUGUCGCGCAAUACCCCGCUCAUAACCCUCUUCGGCCGCUCUCACGCCCCAACAGCGCAAACCGCAUACACCCUCUCCCGCUCACGUUCCCCUCAAGUAAGGCUCGCAGCCUGCCACAUCCUUACUUCGUUGUUAUGUCACACAACUCCGAGGGGACUGAAGGGAGACGCGGUGCUCGACCCUCCGGGGAUGCUUGAGCUUGCCGUGUUGAGUACGCUUCAAGGACUGGUAGAAGACGGGGAGGAUCCCGAGGUCAGGAGCGGUGCUUGUUGGUGUUUGUCAACGCUCGUGAUGGACUCCCCUCCUCGCGCCUCACAUGCCUCCCAAUCGGGGCUACUCCUCACCCUCUGCACCCUGCUCCGCUCCUUCCCCUCCAUCGGGUCCACCCCCGAAGCCCUCGACGAGCUAUACGAAGAGUCUCCCUCCCUCCUUUCCCUCCGCGAGAGCAGUAUGACCUGCCUCGCCUCGCUCACCCUUCCUUCCGUCUCUCUCCGCACCUCGCUCGCAGCCCUGCAGCCCCCGGUCCUUCCAAUCAUACACAGCUCGCUCUCACACCCUUCGCCCGGUGUCAGGCACGCAGCGUUGCAGGUGAUCAGAGCCCUGAGCAGGAGCGUGGAAGUGCUCAGAAGCAGUUUGGUAGAUGAGGGCGUCGUGAAGGGCGUAUUGGGCUUGGUGAUGCGAGGCGGGGGGGUAGAGGAAGGUGAGGGGUUGGAGGGGUUUGGUUUGGAGGAGGAGCGGGAGGAAGGGCAGGAGCAGACAGACGAUGUGGAAGCCGAGGGUGGGGAUGAGACGAUGGAUGAUGAUGCUCUUGCGUCUGCGAACAGCUCCAUGACUGUGAAAGGGGUAGACACAGACAAAGGGACGGGCAAGGUAAAAGAGGAUAUGCCCGGAGAGGCCGUCAAAGGGGAUAGGAGGGUGCUCCUCGCUGCUCUGGCAGCGCUGUGUAACUUCUCGGCAGACUUUUCCCCGGUACAAGAGCUGCUACCCGAAGAACACGCCCUCCCCCUUCUAGUGCAAUACGCUACCCAACCUUCGGAUGCCCUCCUGCGGUUGAACGGCAUCUGGGUACUGAAGAACCUUGUGUAUAGGGCGGAUUGGGCGUUGAAGAGCCAGGUGAUGGGCUUGGUGGGGUGGAGCAGGUUUAUCGAGCUCUGCCGCGAUCCUGACCUAGGCGUACGGGAACAGGCAUUGAGCAUGGUACGCAACCUUGCCGCGGGAAGGGAAACGGAUGUCGUCCAAACUGUGCGAGCGAUUGGGGCUGAAGAACUUGUCGCUCUUGUGGAGGAAGCGAUGGGUACUGGGAACGAUGAUGUGCAGAUGAACGCACUGUUCGUAUUGGUCAACACUCUUCCCGAACUGUAUCGCUCUCGUUGUAUGCUCCACCAGUCCCCCGCCUUCCUCUCCGCCCUCCUCCUUUCCCUCUCAAGCCCCAGCCAGACCCUAAGAGUAGCAGCGAUUCGCGCGGUACACGCAUUUCUUCAGCUCUCAGUUGGCAAACAGGAACUACGGGAAGCGGGUAUAGAACGUAGAGUGAGGGAAAUGGAUGGCAAGCCCAAGCUUGGGGGAAGGAGGAGCUCUGGGUUGCCUGCGUUGGGCGAAUUUGGAGUGGCAGGAGAGGUGGAGGGCAGCUUGGAAGUUCGAGAGACUGUCAGGAAGGUCGUGGAUUUCUUUGAGGCGGCAUGAGGGCUGUGAGAGGUAGAAUACAUUUGUGUUGUAUUUCUUUGCUAACUGGUUAUAAUUUGUC